UGAAAAAAACAAAUAUUCAAAGCAAACAGGUGGUGGGCCGGCACCUAAACCAAUGUCAAAUGAAACAGAGAAAAUAGUUGAAAUGAUGAAGGAUUGUUCCAGUUUCGUUGGCCUGAAUGGUUGUGAAUCUUCAGUGAUUCUUGUAACUUCUGAAGAUAAUUCAGACUCAAUCUUUUCACCAAAUAUAUCUCCAGCUGAAUCUUUCUCAGGGUGUGAGGUUGAAGUUCAACCAGAAAGUUGUUUGUUAGUAAACAAUGAUACCUAUGAUACUAUUACGUGCACUCCCGCUACUGCAAUUUCGUUACCAAGAUACACAAGCACUCCAUACUCUAAGAAAAACUCAGUGAAGACUUCACAUGUUAUAACUCAGGAAAUGCUAGCAAGGAAACAAUAUGAUGUAUUAACAGUCCAGGAAGAAAAAUUUAAACUUGAGGUAGAGAAAAUUAAACUGGAAAACGAAAAGCUUAAACUUGAAAUUAGAAGGCUGAACCAGUGGGAAAUACAAGAGAACGACGCCCUACUAACUCUUGAUGCAUUAAAUGCAUGAACAAUGAAACAAAGAAAAAGAUGAUGUACAAUUUUUGAACAUUUAUGUUA